AUGAAGCAAGACUGCAGCGUCCCCUGGAUCGAAACGCCGCUCGUCAGAUCGACGGCGCUCUCCAAGGCGGCGGGAUGCAACAUACUUCUCAAGCUCGAGAACCUGCAGCCGUCCGGGUCGUUCAAAUGCCGCGGCAUCGGCAACUUUGUCCUGCAGAAGCUCGCUCGGCUGCGAGCCCAGACGGGGCCGUCGGCGGCGACGAGGGCGCACUUUUACAUCUCGUCGGGCGGCAACGCCGGCCUCGCCUGCGUCCACGCGGCGGCUCGUCUCGGCUGCCGGGCGACGGUGGUCGUGCCCCUGUCGACGUCGCCGGCCAUGGUCGGCAGGCUUCGCGAGGCCGGCGCCGACGACGGCCUCGACGAGCAGGGCAUGCGCCGGACGCAGGUCAUCGCCGUCGAGACGGACGGCGCCGACUCCCUCUCGCAGGCGGCGGCGCGCGAGAGGCUCGUGACGCUGCCGGCCAUCACGAGCCUCUGCACGAGCCUCGGCGCCCGCAGGGUCUGCCCCAAGGCGCUCGAGUGCGCGCUCCGCUCGACGGUGUCGACGGUCGUCCUGUCCGACGUCGACGCCCUCGACGGCUGCCGACGGCUGGCCGACGAGGAGCGCUUCCUCGUCGAGCCGUCGUGCGGCGUCGUGGCGGCCAUGUGCUACGACCAACGGCUGGCGAAGCUGGUCAAGGGCUUCGGCGAGGACAGCGUCGUCGUCUUGGUCGUGUGCGGCGGAAGCAACGUGUCGCUCGACAUGCUGCAAGGCAAGAUUCAAACCUGA